AUUAUAAAGAAAUAUAAACUAAAAUAAAUUCAUGCACCUAUCCAUUCUAUUCUAGUUAAAAUUUGGAAAACGAAACCAUCAAUGCAAAUUAUGCAACGUUUCCUUCACGCGUAUGCAUCUCCUUCGGAAUCAUUUGAACAACGAACAUCAACAGGGUCAGAACCCCGACACCUCCCAGCCCAUUGACCAAGAUCAACAAGACUCCAACCAUGAGUGCAAGAUCUGUUCGGCUGUGUUCAAAUUGGAAAGUGCUCUUAAGAAGCACCUUAACAAGCAUGCCAACCCCGGCAAGAAGUCACAUCCCUGCACCAUGUGCGAGACCACUUUUACCAGUCGCGAAGGUCGGAGGGUACACAUGAUCCUGAAGCACAACGCCGGCAAGACCUACAAGUGCGAGCAGUGCCCUAUGAUUUUUGCCCGGAUGGGGAAUCUUCGGCUUCACAUGACUACUCACGGUGUUCGUCCGCACGUCUGUAGCAUCUGUGGGCAAUCGUUCGCACGAAUCGACAGUUUGAAGAACCACGAAGAAGCGUGCGCCGAAGGAAAGCGAGGUCUGUUCUGCGAAGUGUGCGGGCAACGCUUCCGGAAGCAAGACCUGCUGGACAAACAUUUGGAACAGGGUCAUCCGGAUAAGGAGUUCCAGUGCAGCCAUUGUGGGCAGGGAUUCGAAACCAAACGGGCACUGAGUCACCACGUGCGGGUUCACGAGGGAACGUUUCGAUGCGAGCACUGUCCGAGGCAGUUUGUGACGGAGAGAGCGCUGAACAAUCACAAGAAGAGCCGGCAUUGGGAUAUUUUAGGCAUUGAACGUGUGGUUGGGAAGCAAGGUCGGCGCAAGGAUGCCCAGCCUAGGCAACCGAAGGAACGAGUGAGGAGGAACAAGUACUGUCCGUUUCUGGGACUGGAACAUUUGGCUGAGAUGGCGGCGAAAAAAGCGGACGGCGAGAAACGGGGUGAAGGAGCUGGGAGUGAAGAUGCUGCAGGAGCGGAUAGCGAAGAUUCGCUUGAUGUAAAAAGUAAGAGGGGAGAUUCUACCAGUGGUGCUGAAAUUGAGAAUGGCAGCGUGUUAGGCGCUGUAGAAGAAACUGAACACGUCGUUGAAGAGGUAUUUCCAAACAUUGAAGAAGAUGCUAUGAGCAGGGCACAAAAUUUAGAGUCUGAAGUAUUUUUUAAAAAGACUGAACUAGCUAAGUCGACUUGCAACUCUUAUACAAAGGAGCGUGUGACACCACAAGAAGCCGAACUCUCCGAUGUCGACGAUGCUGGCCCUCUCAACGAAGAAAAUGACACUAGCGAAAAUCACUCUAAUGCAAGCGAUGAGCAAAUCCAUUCCUACCAUGACCGAAACCAAACUAGCUCUUCUGAAUCGGACGAAUUGGAAACCCCAAAACAUCGAACAAAGCGUAAGUCUCGUCGGAAACGGGACUCAGUCGAAGAUAAAUCAACCGCCAAGACGCCCUAUCCGAAGAAGUACAAAUGUGACGACUGCGGGAAAAGCUUCGCCCAUCGAACCUGGUGGGGUGCUCAUCGGGCCAAGGCGCACGGAGCGCACGAAGACUUCAAACCGUCCAAGUCCAAUCGGAUACACUUCUGCGACGAGUGUCCGAAAAGUUUCUGCGAUUGGCGCAACUUGAUCUACCACCUGGAGCACAUCCAUCGCAAGAAGAUCGAUGCGAUACAAACCGUCCGUUGCCAGUCGUGCAAGAAGAAUCUACUGAGUGAGAAAGACUUGAAGCUGCACACGUGUUUCGUUCGUCGGGGUUUCCUGAAUCGACCUCCGGAGUUCAAAUGCGAUCGGUGUAAUAAGGCAUAUGUCAGUAAGAAUGCCUUGGAGAGUCAUCGGACCGUCCAUGAGGAAUAUCACAACAUAAGCUGCGAGCUAUGUCAGAAACCUUUCGCCGACGAAAAGGAUUUGAGCUAUCAUAAGAAGCGGGUGCACGUGGACGCUAGCUUUGUGUGCGAGGUUUGUGGCAAGGCGUUCAAGGUGCAAAAUCAGUUGAAGACCCACAUCAACAUUCACCGCGAGACCAAGGCGUACCAGUGUGAGUAUUGUGGCCGGGCGUUCGCUCAACGGAACGGAAUGACCGCUCAUCUGAGGAUAGCACAUGCCGAGCAGCUGGGCGAGCAAGCCAUGGCCGAACGGGAAAUUACCUGUCCCAUCUGCGAGAAGAAAUUGAAAGGAAAAAUAUGCUACCGACUUCACAUGAAGACGCACACCAACGAACGGAUGUACGGUUGCUCCCACUGCGAUAAGCGAUUCGUCACCAAUCAGGACAAACUUCGUCACGAGCAGACCCACACCAAGGAGUACAAAUUCAAGUGCCGUUUCUGCGACAAAGGCUCGACCAGGCGCAAGCUAAUUCUCCUGCACGAAGCCAAGGAGCACAACGAGGUCAGCGGAGAACCAAUUGGGCCGCAGCACAAGUGUUCCUUUUGCGGACGGUGUUUCAGUUCGCCCUCGGCGGUGGCCAUUCACGAGUCGUUGCACAGCGAUGCGCUUCCGGUGGGGUGUGAGCUCUGUGACCGCCGAUUCAAGAAUGUGAAAUACAUGAAGUAUCACCUGAAAGCUCACCAUAAGCAGGCAACAACGAAACAAAAAGAAACGACAGGAUCAGAGUCUGCAGUUGACGCUGUGAAGGUGUCUGAAGGACAAGGGGCUCCCCAAGUAGUUGCAACGGAAGUAGAUGCAAAUAGUAAUGCGUGCAAUUAUACUCUGGUUUAUGCUGUGGAACAGACGUUCAGCACUUCCAACACCCCGGCUCCCUUAGUAUCCGUCCUGACAAUCUCGUCCAUCUCCCGGAAGUGUCCCGGAUUGAUCAAGCACGUCAACACCAGCUUGUCCCCUUCCCAGUCCUCGCCUUCCACCGGCGAACACAACUUGGUGACCUUUUCCUUCAAACGCUUCGCAUCCUUCCCCGGCAGGGUCACCUUCAGCCGCAUCUUGGCCCUCUCCAACGGGAUUGUCUCCUGCAGCAGUUUGAUCACUUCCAGCGCUUGCUGCUUGGCGUUGCGAUUCGUGCCGAACGCCAUGCCGCGAGGGCGACCGCGCAAAGCGAAGCCCGAAGAAGUAACACUGGUUCAACAAGCGAACCAUCAGGAGGGCGAAGUGAGGUCAAGCGAUCAAGUUCUUAUCAAGAAAAGCAAACAACGGGGCAGACCACGACAACCACGUCCACAGGUUCUACCACCGGAGGAGAAAUCGGACGAGAAAAACAUAAAGGAGGGAAAUGAGCAAUAUGAUGAGGAAGUAUUGGAUGAAUCUUCUCUUAAGGGCAAAGGCCGGAAGGAUGGACAGAAAUCCAGAAUCUCGUGUGAGUUCUGUGGGAAGGUUUUCAAGUUUCGCGCCACCCUGAAGCAGCACGAACAGAUUCACUACGGGAUCAAGGAGUUCGAGUGCGAAGUGUGUCAACGGCGGUUUCUCCACAAGGGAACGCUGAAGGUGCACCUUCGGAUGCAUACCGGUGAAAUGCCGUACAAGUGUCCCCACUGUUCGAAACAGUUCCGUGGUCAGACGGCACUGGAUUGUCACGUUUUUAGACAUACCAAGCAGGGGACCAAGUGUCCUCAGUGCUCGGCGAUUUUUGCAACGCCUUCGAUUGUGAAGCAGCACAUCCGGGAGGUUCACACGACGGAACGGGUCAAUACCUGCCAAAUAUGUGGCAUCACCUACAAACAUCUGAAAAGCCUGAGGUUGCACCUUCGGAAUCACCAGAAACGGGUCUGUCCGGAUUGUGGGAAAAUUUUCCACAGUGUCUAUGCCAUGAUGACGCAUCGGAAGAUCCACGCCCAGGAUCACUUUCAGUUUAAGUGCUCCUACUGUGACCGGAAGUUCGAGAAGGAAGAAGAGUUGGUUGCUCAUGGGAAACUUCGAGGACGGACCUAUCAGUGCGAGAUGUGCUGUCAUAGUUUUAACAAGGCGACCUACUUGCAGAACCACAGUCGGCGGAAUCACUGGAAGGAACUGGGAUUGGAACAGCUGAAAAUUGCGCCGCCGAAGAACGGCUGGAACCGGAAGGGGGUGCCAAAACCGAAAAAGAAGGAUACGGAGGAAGAUGGAUGCGAGGUGGCCUUGGAAUUGGGACCAGUGGAUGUGGCAUACAUUGUGGAUGUGCCACCUGUUCCAGAAGUGGGCCACAGUUACGAUGAACCCCAGUUGGAUGAUGCCUAUACAGUGUACAGUGUACCUCAGGAAGUACCACUUGUUAUUGUACCGUUCUAUCAAACGACAGAAGGGCAAUUAAAUAAUGUAGUCGAAGCCGAUUCACAACUAAUGGGGCCGACACAGCCUAAUGAUGAAACGGUUCAAUACGUUCGGUAUGAACCAGCUCAACAGGAGCAUCGUCUGGAGUCCGAUCACGAUUACGCUGGGGACGACUUCCACUAUGGGGACGAAUGCGUGAAAGACGACGAUGUACCUGUUGAAGGGGACACCGACGAACACGAGGAACUGAAAACGGAAAUAAAGAACGAACCGGAAGUGCUGCAGGACAAUCCAGUUGUUGAAGCAGUGCCAACCAAAGUGCCUCCAGAACCCGAUAAAGACCGUGAAGCUGAUGUUACCCUUCCUAAAAUGGAGGAAACUGAGCAGAAGGAAGAAAUCCAAGAGGUCAGUGUAAGCGCUGAUCUGGGUUCGGAUUCCGAUGAAGAUGAUAAACCAUUGUCGACAUGGCUGCGCAGAACUCCCGAAAAAGCGUUUACCAUCGGUGAUGAACAUACAACCUUAACCCAAGAGCCAAAUGUAAGAAAUAAUGGUGCAAAAGAUGCAGCCCAUCAUCUCAAUAACAAACCGAAAAAACCCGUGAUCGACGCCAAGAAGCCCGUGAAACAAAAACGGAAGUCCAAGAUGGACGGUGAUCUUCUCAAAAUUCGCGAAAUUCGAGAACUAUUUUGCCCAUUUUGCGGAGAAUCCUUCAAAAGUCGGUUUGCCCUCGGUAAUCACAAGAAGACUAUCCAUUCGGAUCUUGAACAACACAAGGGGCCCUUCAUCUGCGAGAUAUGCGGCAAGUCCUACGCCAACAUUGCUUCCCUGGUGUGCCAUCGAAAUCGACACGAGGAAUACCAGCGCUUCAAGUGCGACAAGUGCCCGAAAGCGUUCGCCUUCCGGUGCUACUUGGAGACACACAAGCGGGCUGAGCAUUUGCAUGAACGCCUCAUAUGUCCUCUCUGUGGUAAGCAGUUCAAGUACAGUCAGGAUCUGAAAGUUCACACCCGACAGCACGAGGACGAUAGACCGUUCAAGUGCGACCAGUGCCCAUCCGUGUUCCGGUAUCCGAGUGCCCUCCGGUCGCACAAGGCCUGGCACGAACAAACCGUCUUCACGUGUGACAUUUGCCAGAAAACCUUCAAGUACGCCAACAGUCUGCGGGUGCACAAGCGUCUCCACAGCGGAAUCAAGCAAUUCCGGUGCAAGAUAUGCGACCGGGAGUUCAACACCAAAGCGCCGCUGGUUCGACACCUGGCUACCCAUUCUGUGGAGCGGGAAGUCCGAUGCGUGGUGUGCGACAAAAUCUUCUACAAGAAAGUCGAUUUGGUGAUCCACCAGUCGAAGGAACACCCGAACGAUCCGACGAUUGGCAAAACGGUCAAGAUCCACCGGUGCGAAGUGUGCGGUCAGGAGUUUGCCAAAAAGAGCAACCUGAAAGCUCAUUCCUACAUCCAUGGAGAUGUGUACAAGUUCAAGUGUAAGCUCUGCGAGGAUCAGCAGUUCAAGCAGCAUGCCGGAUUGAGGCACCACUUGAUACACUUCCACAAGAUGGAUCUGUCGAAGAAGAAACCGGAAGGUGAAAGCGGAACGAAGGAGGUGGAGGAGAAGAAAGGGCCGCAAGUCGACCGACAGAGUUCCAUGGUAAAUGCAACACUGACGCCGGCCAUCAGCAUAAUCCACAAUGGGUUACAGUUUACGUUACAGCAGGUUCAAUGUGAGUAAAUGACUGAGCUUUGUUAUAUGAUAAAACUAUUUUUUU